CGCUGAGCAGGCGGGGCUCUCCUAUCCCGGCCGGAGAGGAGCGCGAGGUAUAUAUAUCUAUAUAAAGGCUCGCUCUCGUCUGCGCGGCGGCGAGCGCGCUGGAGCAUUUAGCGGCCCCCUCCGUGAGAGCCGAGGCAGGGGAGACUGCCGUGCGCGGGCCCUGCAAGAAAUGAGUGACAUGGACUCAUACAAGGUUCUUCUGGAUGGACCAGCACCAUGGGGGUUCAGACUGCAAGGUGGCAAGGACUUCAAUAUGCCACUCUCCAUUUCCAGGCUCACCCCCGGAGGCAAAGCAGCCCAGGCAGGGGUUGGAGUUGGGGACUGGGUGCUCAGCAUUGACGGAGACAGCACCAGCACCAUGACCCACAUUGAAGCCCAGAACAAGAUCCGUGCCUGUGGGGACAAACUCUCCCUCAGCUUAAGCAAAGUCCAGAAUCUCCUAGGCAGACCUCAGAAGGAUGCACUCCCUUCUUCUCAGCCCCCCAAAUACAACUUCACUCCCAGUUCUGCCCUCAACAAGACAGCCCGGCCUUUUGGAGUUAACCCUGCUCCAAACUCUGAGCCCGUGCGGGUGACGAAACCCGUGCGAUAUGUUCCCCCUGCAUCCGACUGCACCACACAGCACAAUGGCCAGGUCUCCAUACCAGAUCCGCCUUCUGCACCAGCCUUGACAGUGGAGCCUGGAUAUGGUUCUACUGCUCCAAAGCCUGUACCUAUCACAGGCCCUUCCAGUCGUCCACCCUGGGCUGUGGAUCCUUCCUUCGCUGAGCGAUAUGCACCAGAUAAAACUAGCACUGUGCUGAGUACCCACAGCCAGCCAGCCACCCCAACGCCUGUGCAGAAUCGCAACUCUAUUGUCCAGGCAGCACAGCAAGCUCCGGAGUGUGCCAGCAAAACGCCCAUCUGCUAUCAGUGCAACAAAAUCAUCAGGGGGCGCUACCUGAUGGCUCUGGGACGCUACUACCACCCAGAAGAGUUCACCUGCUCACAGUGCAGGAAGGUGCUUGAUGAGGGUGGCUUUUUUGAAGAAAAGGGCUCCAUCUUUUGCCCCAAGUGUUACGACAUGCGCUACGCCCCCAAUUGCGCCAAAUGCAAGAAGAAGAUUACAGGGGAAAUUAUGCAUGCUCUGAAGAUGACCUGGCACGUUCAGUGCUUUGUCUGCGCUGCCUGCAGAACUCCCAUCCGCAAUCGUGCUUUCUACAUAGAAGAAGGGCAGCCCUACUGUGAGAGAGAUUAUGACAAGAUGUUUGGAACGAAGUGCCGUGGCUGUGAUUUCAAAAUAGACGCUGGUGAUCGUUUCCUUGAGGCCCUGGGCUUCAGCUGGCAUGACACUUGCUUUGUUUGUGCGAUCUGCCAGAUCAAUUUGGAAGGAAAGACAUUCUAUUCCAAAAAGGACAAGCCGCUGUGCAAGAGCCACGCUUUCUCCCAUGUGUGAGGCGGAAGAGACCUUAAAGUGCCCAAGCUGCUGCCUGCCCAAACUCUGCAUUCCUCUUUCCUGUCCUGAGAGAGCUCCCAGACCAGAUGUCUCACUUGACCAUUUUUCCCCAUAGAGGGAAAGGGUAAAACGCUCAGGGUCCUUUUAGGGAGGUUUACAACUAUUGUAUUGUUUUUACCUAAACUGGUGUUCUUCCUAUGUAUUUGGCUUUUAUCUCUUGCAGACUCCAUCCAACUUGUUGAAAUUGCUAGAUAUUUGGGGAGUUGAAGUCCAGGACUUCUAGAGGACACCAGCUUAGGGAAGGAUACUGUAGAGUUCUGUGCCCAUUUCAGCCAAAGAAAGAAAAUCUUGAGAAGUUUCUCCCUAGUAAAGGAACCCAAAUGAUAGCAUGCUUGAAAGAAAGCAUCAGCUGGCCUUCCCCUGAAGUCAUUAACUCAGUGAAAACUUGCUAUUAAUGCUCCAGGGAAAAGUGAGGGAAGGCAGCUUUCCCCAGAGUUCGCUAGCAUUACUUUCUGUCCCCUUUGCAAUGUAAUUACCAACAAUCCUCUGCCCUUCCUUCUCUGACAAAGCAUUUGCAAAGGGCUUCUAUAAUCAGGUUGGCUCUGCCUUUUGCCCAUUGGCAUGUAUUUCUAGCUAUGUUGCUCAGUGAAAUUGCUUUUUCCAAAAGAAAAAAGGAAAAAAAGAAAAAAAAAGCCCCAAACCCUAAAUCUCUUUUCCUCCUAACCACUUGCUAGUAACAAAAAUAAAAGCCCCCCUACCACAGAAAGUGAGUGGCUUAUUUGAAGGAUGGAGGUGUAAGUUUCCACAGACUAAGAAAAAUCUUACUUCAAAGUACCGUACAGGAAAGAACAGUUUCAAGAUCCUGCUUCUUCACACCAGCAAAAACUGCUUCUCCAUCAUGAGAUGAACUUGGGACUCUAUACUUAGGAACACAACUUUAUAUAUACUGUAGCACAAAGCUUCUGAGGUCAGUGUUGGCCCCAAAGCACCCCUACCAAAGACCUAGUAUUUUUUCUUUUGCUCUAAAUGUAUUUCUCAGAACUGUGCUGUUCAGCUAGGAGUCUGUGAUUCCUCGCCACCUUUGAUGCCCUAAUAAAAUACGUCUUUUAAUUCUU